UUUGGGGAAAUUGCGACUUCUGUAAAAGAAUAGACAUUUUAAUGCUUUAAAAUAAGAAGACAGCAUCUUUGGGUACAAAUUUAAUAAUAUUUGUGUGGCUAACAUUUUGAAAAACCGAAGUGCAAAGACGUUAACUUAAAACAUAACGAGAAAACAGCUCAAAUCAUGGACUGCGCACCACUAAACUUGGCCCAUUUCCACGAGCGAAGAUCGGAGCGUUUUAUACGCAAUCAUCGCUACGAGGAGGCCAUAAAAGCGCUGGAAACGUCCUUAAUUUACAUGCAGGAUGCCCAAAAACGAGUGGCUUUACCAAAAUCCAAGGAAGUUCUGGACACUUUGACUCUAGAUUUCCAGCGAAAAUUACGCCAAAUUGAGAUGAGAAAAACGCAGCAUGGCUUGAAUAAGUUGAAGGACUUUGCUCCUCUGAAAGAAACCAGUCCCAUGUUGCCUCUACGUCCGGAAAAUGGAGCAAGUGGAGCCGCCGGAUCGGCGCAAUCUGUGGCCAAGGCUAUUGACAAAACAGUCCAGGAUUUCGAUGCCAAGUUUACUUCAUCCUUGGUGUCAAAGGUGCCAAACAAUUUGGCCAAUUCAGAGCCCCAAAUGGAGACGCUAAGAAAGAGUGAUCCUGCGAGGAACGACGAUGAAAGAGAUCCCUAUGAUUACCGGCUGACGGGCAGCGACGAUCUGGAUCUGCCCUCUCUGGCUCCUUUGGAAUUGCCCUCCUUCGAUUAUAGCCUGUUCACCAGCUCAUCGGCUCCUUCGCUGGCCAGUUUUGCCGGCAUGGCUGAGAGCUUCCAGAAAUAGGAUAAUGUCUAUUAAAAGACACAGAUUUUGCCUAAUUUCUAUGUAAUUCGGCAGAUCUCUAUAAUACAGUGCCCUUUAGUUCAAAUAGUAUUACCCCCUAAAUAAUGGCUUUAUUUCUAAACUUACUUGAUCUGAAUGACUGCAAUAAAAUUAUAAUUAAUAUUUGAUUUUGA